AUGGCCAAGCUGAGCGGACCGUCAUUCGGGCCAGGCUCGACUCCGUCGCCGCCAUUCAACCCGAAUCCCACCGCCGUCACGCGUCAAAAUCAAUACCACCAUAAUGCCGCGGCGAUGACCCAACUCGGAAGGCCAGUGCCGGACAGGCAUCGAGACGAAAGAGCCAUGUCGAUGACUUCAUAUGCGACCGACGCUCAUCACACCCACAUCAUGAACAGCGGUAGGCCGAUUCCUAAUCGACGACCCCCCUCGGGCCCUGAACAAGUGACCCCACCGCCCAGAUACGACUCCAUGCCAAAUCAUGUAGCGGAGAUGUACGCCAAUAAGCCUCGCCCACCUAGCGACGCAUCUUCGCGGUCUCGCACGAUGUCCAUGGCUUCUACAAUCACCCCAGAUCGAACGAUGAGCGUGCAAAGCCAGGCAACCCAGAGCUCCAACGGCCAGGCUACUCUUGUCUCGCGAGACUCCCAUCGCCGGGUCCCUGUAGUUUACCCCGCCCUUCUGUCGCGAGUUGCGGAUGUAUUUCGUGAGAAGAUCUCGCUUGGGGAGAGACAGAAGAACGGCCUGUCGUACCAAAACGCGUUUUCGGGUACUGAUGCAGUCGAUCUCAUCGCGAGUAUAAUUCGAACCAAUGACCGCAACCUGGCACUGCUGCUGGGCCGCGCAUUGGAUGCGCAAAAGUUUUUCCACGACGUAACCUAUGACCAUCGCCUUCGAGAUGCCCCGGGAGAGGUCUACCAAUUCAAGGAAACUUUGACUGAGGAUCGAGCAGUCGGCACAGAAGUCAACGGAGUGUUCACCCUCCUCACCGAGUGCUAUUCCCCGACAUGCACCCGUGACAGUCUCUGCUACUCCAUCGCUUGCCCUCGACGUCUUGAGCAGCAAGCGCGCUUGAACUUGAAACCCCAGCCAAUCCUCAGAACGUCAGGCUCGAAAGGCAGCUUACAUAUCGAUGAUGAUGACGACAACGACAACCAGAAACUCUGGAUCAACAUGGUCCCCAAAGAGGUUUCCGAGAGCGUUGAUGACCACGAGAAGAAGCGACAGGAGAUCAUCUUCGAGAUCAUGUAUACUGAGCGGGACUUCGUCAAGGAUCUGGAGUAUCUUCGAGAUUUCUGGAUGCGCCCUCUGCGUGCGGCUGGCGCAAAUACUGCUUCUCCGAUUCCCGAACACAGGCGAGAAAAGUUUAUUCGCACCGUAUUUGGAAAUUGCUUAGAGGUUUUGAAGGUCAACAGCGCACUCUGUGAAGCUCUCAACGCUCGACAAAAAGAAAGUCAUGUCGUCAAAACUGUGGGAGACAUUUUCCUUCAGCAUGUGCCGCGAUUCGAUCCAUUCAUCAAGUAUGGUGCUAAUCAACUUUACGGGAAGUUCGAAUUUGAGAAGGAGAAAAGUUCAAACCCGGCUUUUGCCAAAUUCGUGGAGGACACGGAACGUUUGAAGGAAUCUCGCAAGCUUGAAUUGAACGGCUACCUGACAAAACCGACGACUCGUCUCGCCCGAUAUCCCCUUUUGCUGGAGUCGGUACUGAAGAAUACAAGCGAUGACAAUCCCGACAAAGAGGACAUCCCCAAGGCAGUCAAGUUGAUCAAGAGCUUCCUAUCCCGCGUCAAUGCCGAGAGUGGCAAGGCUGAAAACCACUUCAAUCUGGUGCAAUUAAACAAUUCGCUGAAAUUCAAUCCUGGUGACUACGUCGAUCUGAAAUUGACCGAGGAAAAUCGUCAAAUGCUCACCAAGAUGGCAUUCAAGAAAACUACGGGAGAAAGCUCCGAAGUGACCGCUUACUUGUUUGACCAUGCUGUGCUGCUUGUUCGAAUCAAGGUCGUCAAUAAGCGAGAAGAAUAUCGAGUUUACAAGAAACCCAUCCCUUUGGAACUUCUGGUGAUUGCUCAGAUGGAGGAAGUCAUUCCCCGUCUCGGUAUCUCUAAGAGGCCUUCCUCUAGCUUGCUAUCCAACAAAGUUGCGCCUAACCCUCCACCCACGAAAGAUGGCCAACUACCGAUCACCUUCCGUCAUCUGGGCAAAGGAGGUUAUGAGCAGACUCUCUACGCGACAUCCCCAACACAAAGGAGGAAAUUCAUUGAGAUGGUCGAGGAGCAGCAGCGAAAAUUGUGGGAACGAAACAGUAACUUCUACAACAAGACGGUCUUGUGCGAGAACUUCUUCUCGGCCAUCAAUCGCGUCAAUUGUUGUGUUCCAGUCGAUGGCGGACGUAAGCUGGUAUUUGGCACCGAUAGUGGUAUUUACCUCUCUGAAAGGUGGCCCAAAGACAAGAACGCCAAGCCCAGGAAAGUCCUUGAGGCUAGUCAGGUCACCCAGAUUGACACACUGGAAGAGUAUCAACUGCUCCUGGUGUUGGCCAACAAGACUCUCCAAUCGUAUCCACUCGAUGCACUUGAUAUUGGUGAAGGUCAGAAUACGAUAGCUAGGCGCCCCAAGAAGAUUCAGGGUCAUGCAAACUUCUUCAAAGCAGGUAUUGGACUUGGUCGUCAUCUUGUGUGCUCCGUGAAGACUUCUGCCUUGUCAAGCACUAUCAAGGUGUACGAGCCCAUGGACAACCUCGCAAAGGGCAAGAAGAAGUCGGCUGUUAGCAAGAUGUUCCAGAGCGGGCAAGAUACUCUCAAGCCGUUCAAGGAAUACUACAUUCCUGCAGAAUCAUCAUCGAUCCAUUUCCUCCGGUCUACUCUUUGUGUCGGCUGUGCGCGUGGCUUCGAGGUUGUCAGCCUGGAAACCACUGAAACCCAGUCUCUAUUGGACCAGGCUGAUACGUCUUUGGACUUUGUUGCUCGCAAGGAGAAUGUCAAGCCAAUCCACAUUGAGCGCAUGAAUGGGGAGUUCCUCUUGAACUACAGUGACUUUUCGUUCUUUGUCAACCGCAAUGGUUGGCGCGCUCGUCCAGACUGGAGGAUUUCCUGGGAAGGCAAUCCAAACGCCUUCGCACUGUCCUACCCUUACAUCCUUGCAUUUGAACCCAAUUUCAUCGAAAUUCGCCAUGUUGAGACCAGUGAGUUGAUUCAUAUUAUGACUGGAAAGAACAUCCGAAUGUUGCAUUCUUCCACCCGUGAAAUCAUUUACGCCUACGAGGACGAAAGCGGCGAAGAUGUGGUCGCCAGUCUAGACUUCUGGAGCAAGCCACAACAACAGGCUUAA